AUGACCACGGCCUCAACUCGUCAAACACGAAGUAGACGAGACCAAGCUGCCUUUUCUUUCCUAUCGAAUAUCAGCCUUGGAACUGAGACUUCUUCCAACACAACCACAACUAACUCUUCUACUUUUGAGCCAACGCAUCGUCGGGUAACAACAGUUCCCGGCCAAUUUCAGCCCGAAGAAUUUGUAAAAAACCAUGACACACUUGAUAAGUUACAUGCUUCUUCACAGAAUGAUAACACCCAUAGUGGCAAAGAAAACAAAAUUGACAAUGCUAAAAGACCAACUUUAUCGAUUGAUAUACCCGGCAAGCCUGGUAAACAUACAGACUUUUCCACACCUUUUUCAGCGUCUAAAGAAAAAUCAUCUUACCCGGGAAAUUCCACCAUAGAUCUUCGCAACAAUAGUAAUAAUCAUGACUUUGAGAUUUCUCGUCGUCGAAGUAACAGCUUGCGAGACGAUAUAGCAGUCGCACAUUUCUUGUCGAGCAUCAGUCUUGACCCGAUUGGAAACUCAAAUGUGAGAGAUAAUAGUCAGAAUAAAAAUAAUUCAACGUAUCCAAUCAACACGGGAAAAGUUAGUGAACAAGAGCAUCAUAUAUUCAUUGAUGAUGAGACAGAUCAUUUUCUGAGUCCUGUCAAUUCUGUUCUUGGAACUAUUGAUGAAUUGCUAGAAGACAAUAAUCGUUCGAUGAUGUUAAAACAUAAUAAACGUCAAAAUUCAGUUUCGUCAUUGCAAAACCAUGCAAAUACCAAUUCCACUACUGCUACUACUACCCCCAUUUCGCCUGCUGCUUUAACCUUUACAAACGAAAAUACUCUAAUGCCACAAGUUAUUCGUCGCGAAUCGUUGUCGUCAAGUUUUGGAUCGGGUAAGUCGUUACACAGCGGAGAAUACGUUGAGGAGAAUCAUUUACCAACGGUCUUGAAACAGCCUAGUUUUGUGAUGUCCGGGUCACCGGAUACAUCAACAUUUGGAGGGAUUUUAUCCAUGUUUGGAUUUAAAGAUGAUAAGCAUAAGCAUCCGCGUAUACGUCGCGACACCUUAAAACAGAAUAGCACUAAUAAUAUUUCUGUGAAAAAGAGUGAGGAUGAAUCAUAUGCGGAGUUAUUAAAACCUAGUAAUUCGUUGAGUCCUGGAAUAAAAACCAGCGAUUAUGACCCAUAUUUCCUUGACGUGCCAGAAUUAAAAAUGGGUAAAAAACCCGGCAGGACUCUACCGAAUUUUGUGAACUCUUUGCUCCAACAAAAACGUACACGAGAAUCCGAUCUAAAACGCGAACUGAACGCAAAAUUUCGGCAAGCACACCCGAAUCUCGAUCCUUCUUUAACAUUGACUCAAAUUCGUGCUAUUAAGGAAAAAUUACUGAUUGCUGCAAGACAUGAGGAUCUUGAUUUGGAAUUAUCUACUGUCGCAAAAUCAUACGUGUACUUUGAGAAACUUGUUCUAAAGAAAUUAGUUGCUAAACACAAUCGAAGGUUAACAGCCGUCAAUGAACCAAAAGAGACGUCUUAUACAAACAUACUAGAGUCACUACAUAAGCAUCUGGAUGUUUCUGAAAAAGAAAUCAAAGAACACGAAUUCAGCGUGUUUGCGUCGCUACAAUUCGAACUUUACGUCCCGCGAAAUGAGUUCAUGCCGCAUUUUCAUCGGAUAUUUGAAACGCUUAACGAUAGCGUAAAGAGCCAGAAUCGUUCCGCCCCUUCCAAGCAAAGACAGAUAACACCCCCUAAUUCAAAUGUACUUUUUAACAACAAUAAUUAUACACCAUUACAACAACGUAGCUUGGGUGAACAAUUUGCCAAUCUCUUCCGACGACAAACAACAGUUUCUGCAAUGACGACCACCUCUUCAUCGUUUUCAAAAAAGACUUCAACGGAUACUGAAUGUACAUUAUGCGAAAAAAAAUCUACCGUGGAUGGAUCGAUUGGUGUCCUUUGUAGCUAUGCUAUGAUUGAGUUUGAUGGGGUUGUAGGAUUGGUUAUGCUUCUUAUCCGUAACGUAGUCAUUCUUUAA